UUUGUUUCCAAACAGUUCUCGGAAUUUCUGAAGGAAUAUGGAGUUAAGCACAUUCGGACCGCUGUUUACUCACCUCAGUCAAAUGCGGCGGAAAGAGUCAACCAGUCUGUUCUAAAUGCAAUUCGAGCCUAUUUAGAGGACGAUCACCGAGAUUGGGAUCUGUAUCUGUCGGAGAUUGAGUGUGCGCUUAGAGGAGCGGUUCAUCAGGCUACUGGAGUAUCUCCAUAUUUCGCUCUGUUUGGGCAAAAUAUGUUCACCAACGGGGCAGAUUACCAACUGGCGAGACGUUUGAAGGCAUUAGAAGACAACGAACUGUAUGUCCUGCCAAGAGAAUCUAAGAUCGUCCUGAUGCGCGAAGAAAUCCGGAAGAAUUCAAACAAGGCAUACGAAAGAAGCGCAGCUGUGUACAACCAGAGGUCACGAAAUGUACGAUUCGCAGUCGGACAGGAAGUAUACCGGAAGAAUUUUACUUUGAGUAAUUUCGGCCAGAACUAUAAUGCCAAAUUCGCGAAGAAAUUUGUUAAGUGUCGAAUCAAGUCAAGGAUAGGGAACAACAUGUAUGAGACCGAGACAUUACAAGGGAAACCUAGUGGAAUAUAUCACGCGAAGGAUUUGAAGCAGUAAGAACGGACAUACAAGCGACCCACGACGAGCACUGGAAGAGAAGGUGUUGGUGAGAAAAGUUUGCUGCGAUUAUGUACUCACCUGGCUCCCGCGACGAGAUUCCGAGUCCAUUAGUGGUCAUCCACCCAAAAAUAAACCAAAACAAACACAAUCCGAUGUCCAGCUGGGGAAGAAGAAGACAUCGCAACGAGCUGUUCGGUAGGUAGUUCCGGAUUUACUGAUGUCUGGAAGAUGUCCAUAGGAGGGAUGUCCGUAAUCUGCAUGGGUUGGCGGAAG